UUUAGGUUGAAUAUUGCGCAAAAGCCCGUUGGAAUAGUAGCGGAUGCAAGGCUGAGGAGAUAUGAGUGGAAAAGCCGAGAUGUCGACAGAGGCGACACAGACAGUGCUGGGCUUUCCUAAAUAUCCCCCUUUUCGGCUAAACCAACCGCGAUUUCCUCAGGAAACAUUCUUAGGGAGAUACUUACACUACCUAGAUGUCAUCGACCCAAGCACGCUAUUCGUAUCAGACAAGCGCCUUCGGGAAUGUGUCCAGUUGCUCGACGAUUUCAAGCGUGGAUCGGCGAAAGCUUCUGACAAGACUCUUUGGAGAGCACAACAAAUAAAACAAGCCAUCUUGCAUCCAGACACAGGGGAGAAGGUCUUACCUCCAUUUCGAAUGAGUGGAUUCGUUCCGUUUGGAUGGAUCACUGUGACAGGAAUGCUUUUGCCGAAUCCUUCGUGGCCCACGCUGCUGUUCUGGCAAUGGCUGAAUCAAUCGCACAAUGCUUGCGUCAAUUACGCUAAUAGAAAUGCAACACAGCCUCAACCCCUAUCCACCUAUAUAGGCGCUUACUGCGCUGCUGUCACUGCUGCAUGUUCCAUUUCAGCAGCUCUGACUUAUCUCAUAAAGCAAAGCAAAUCCUUGCCGCGCUCCACGCAGCUAAUUGUUCAGCGUUUCGUCCCUCUUCCCGCUGUCUCAAUGGCAUCCGCUGUCAAUGUGCUUUGUAUGCGAUGGAAUGAACUCCGAACAGGAAUAGAAGUUUACGAAAAAGGAGGAAAAGUAGUAGGAGUAUCGAAAGUCGCUGCUAAGCAGGCUGUAAGCGAUACGACAAAAGUCAGGGCAUUUUUGCCUAUACCAAUGUUGCUGGCACCUCCAUGCAUUAUGCCAUUUCUUGAGAGAUACAAAUGGGUUAUCGGCUCUCCUUACCGCCAUCUAUUUGUCAAUGCCAUCGUCUGCACACUUUCGUUUGCUUUCAGUCUUCCUCUAGCUUUGGCUCUAUUUCCGCAGGAGAGUCCCAUUCUCACGAGCGCCCUGGAACCAGAAAUUCAAUCAAAAACCAAGUCAGACUGCUUAUUUUACAACAAAGGAUUGUAAAUGAAUGUGCUAGAUGUUAUGUUGCCUUCCUGUAACUUUUAAAGCUACUGGGAAGCCUACUGAGAAUUUUGGUUGUACUGUGCACUGAUGUAUCAGUUUCAAGGUUUGGAG